AAUCUGUCAAAUUUUUCUAUUGACUUUUCGCCGCGUAGCUUUUCAUAGGAAAUUUUAUUUGAAUAAAUAUAGAUAACUGAAAAGUUGUUUAGGUUUACAUAAUGACUAAAAAGUCGGACCCGGAUAGAUUUAUGGUGACGAAAGACGUGUUAUUGCCGGGUUUGAUGUUAGCGCUACUUGUGCGGUGGUGUGUGGCGGCGUACCCUUAUUCUGGUUAUAAAAAGCCUCCGAUGUACGGUGAUUAUGAGGCGCAGAGACAUUGGCAGGAGAUCACAGUGCACACGCCGGCGACGUCGUGGUACCAGAACACCACGCAAAACGACCUUGAAUAUUGGGGGUUAGACUAUCCCCCGCUGACUGCGUACCACAGUUUACUGAUGGGGCUGGUGGCGGACUGGCUAGACCCAGAGUCGGUGCGGUUGUUCGCGUCGAGAGGUUAUGAGAACGAGUCGCACAAGAUGUUCAUGCGGUGGACGGUGUUUCUGAGUGACGUGUACUUUUUCGUGACUGCAGUGUUGUGUAUAUGCAUAGACCUAGAGCGAGUGAAGGUUAAAGAACAGAAGAGCGUGUUCAAAAGAACGGAUCUGUCAACUGUAUUGUUCUUGUUGUACCCAGGCCUCAUACUAAUAGACCAUGGUCACUUUCAGUACAAUUGUGUAUCGCUGGGUCUAUUUCUUUGGUCUACUUUCUUCGUAGUGGCCAUAGAGAAUGAUGUGCUUGCCACCAUAUUCUUUGUUCUUGCUUUAAAUUACAAACAGAUGGAACUUUAUCACGCUCUGCCAUUUUUCUUCUAUUUAUUAAGAAAGUGUUUCAUUGGUGUGCCAAAUAGAGGCAAGAUUUCAUAUGUAGUACACAACUUUAAUAAGUUAGCUGUGGCCGUAGUGUCCACUUUUAUAAUAAUCUGGUAUCCCUUUUCCGGAUCAUGGGAUAAUAUCAUGCAUGUAGUACACAGGCUAUUCCCAGUAAAGAGGGGAGUAUUUGAAGACAAAGUCUCCAAUAUUUGGUGCUUUAUUAAUGUAUUCAUUAAGAUUAAAAGUGUUUUCACAAAUGAGGAGAUGGUGAGAGUGUGCUUGGUAACAACGAGCUUAGCUGUGUUGCCAUCUUGUCUUGAUCUCUUCAUGCGAAUUAAUAAGAAAAAGUUCCUAUUGUCUGUAAUUAACGUGUCGUUAGCCUUCUUUCUGUUUUCAUUCCAAGUGCACGAGAAGACAAUACUUCUAGUUGCCAUUCCAGUAGCGGCACAUUUACCGCAGGACCCGUUUAUGUGUUUCUGGUUCCUGCUAGUGUCAAACUUUAGUAUGUUACCGUUGUUCAUUAAAGACGGACUUAUUAUACCGUACAUAGCCACUAAUGUGAUCUACAUAUCCUUUUACAGUAUUUGUUUGAAAUUAGCCCAACCGACAAGCAGUACGUUCUCUUUCUUCAAUGCCAACAGGGUAUAUAAAGUGGUGUUCCCUAGUAAAACGGAGAACUCUGUGUUACUAAAUCUCCUUAGUGCGAAUUUCUUUUUCUCCGUAGUGUGUAUGAUAUGGUUGGCAUUUGCUGCUGUGUACAUCGAACCACCAGCGAAGUACCCAGACCUGUUCCCGCUGCUCAUUUCUGUGUACUCGUGUUCACAUUUCCUGUUAUUCUUUCUCUAUUUCAAUUACCAACAACUAUCACUGCCGAAAUUUUUGCCAGUUAUACACAAAGUGAAAAAUAAGUGAUGUAACAUGCAAUAUGUGAAGAAAUGCAAAGUAAAAUGUAAAUGACACUAAUAAAAUAAGUUUAGAUUUCCAGUGUUGUUAUUAUUUAUGUGUUAUUUGUAGACUGAUUUGUAUAAGGAUUGCAUUUUGUAUUCAUGGAAUUAAAUGGAAGCAUGAA